AGUGUGUGGAGCUUGAGAUAAGGAUGACUGGUGAUGUUUGCGGUGGCAAGUGAAGCUUGAAUGGUAGAACACCUACUAUUUAAGUUGGGGAUCUCUAAGUCUAGUUCCAUCAAUAUAAACUACUUGUAUUCACUACAUUUUUAAGAAGAUAGUGAGCUAAUCAAGAGACGAUGGAAGGCAAAACUGUUAUGAUGACUGUUCUCUUACUGAGCCUUGUUGUGGGACAAAUUCAAGUUGAGGCAAAGAGCUGCUGCCCAAACACCACUGCGAGAAAUGUCUAUAAUGUCUGCCGUUUCACGGGAGGCUCCAGGGAACGUUGUGCAUCAUUAAGUGGAUGCAAAAUCGUUUCUGGGACAUGUCCCCCUGGUUAUACAAACGACACUCUCCAAAACACUGGUGAUGCUAUCAAUGAAUACUGCAAGUUGGGGUGUGCAUUCUCCGUGUGCGGUGCCAUAACCACUCUAAAAAACCUUGACGACGCAGGUGAAGUUGUGAAUGGAGCUGUUGAAAAAUGUACCAUGGCAUGUUCUGCUCUCUGCAGCAAGUAUUCUAUUAGCACUGCCUAAACAAGCAUAUUCUGUAAAAGUGAAGGGGGUAGUUAUAUAAGGCUUUCAAUUGUCAUGUGUAUGUGACAACAAUAUGUUAGACUCUACUGCUAGCUGCCUGUGUCGUAGAAGGCUAUCGAUCAUAGAUUGUCUAUCCUUCUACUUGCUAGCUCUUAUCUAAAUAAAGAGUAAUGUGUCUUUUUUAA